GAGUGAUUUUUUUCACCUCUUCUUUAUGUUUAUUUUAUUGUUGCACUAAUUGCGUUUAUCAGCAUCUGUAGGAGAAUUCCAAGAUAUAUACUUAAGAAAUUAUUUGUCUUAUUUGUCACAAUUAUUGGUAAUAAUAAUAAAUUUAAAAGUGCGUAUAUGCGUUUGGAAGUUUAAUUAGCAAAUCAUUUGUGAACAACAGUACGCAACCCAAAAGUUUAGCUCUGCGGUAUAGUAUUACCAAGAUGGAUAUAAGCGAGAGCUUCGAUCAGCAACAACAGCAGAACCAACAAUCUGAUAGUUUGCAACAGCAGCCACAACAACAUCAACAACUGCAAAUGCAAUGUGAACCAGCUUUUCAGACACAGUUUGGGGGAACUUUAACCACGCCCUUGUCUGUACCUUUCUCUUCACCAGCAACAAAUGGGUUUGAACCUUCAACGAUAAAUCCAUCAUCAUCGCCUCCCUUUGUGUCAUCUGGGCAAGCUAUACCUCUGCCGGCACCGCCGCAAAUGAAAUUACCACUAAUGGGGCAACCAUCAUCACAACCACAAGGAAUGGAACAACAGCAUUACCUUCUACAACAGCAGCAUCUUCUUAGAAAUGAAGUUGAUAUUGACUCUUUACUUCUACAACAAUUUAGCUGUUUGGGCACAACUGAUCAUGAGGAUUUGGUAAGGCAAUUUCAAAGUCUGAUGAACAACCAAGUAGAUCAAGAUGCAGCGAAAUUUUAUUUGGAAAUGAGCAACUGGAAUCUGCAAACUGCAGUCGGUUGCUACUUGGAUAUUCACACUUUUCAAACGCUGCCUUCGAUGAAGAUUGUGCGCCAAUCUCGUCCAAGUGAACAUCAGCAAGCGUUUAGAUUACAAAAUGAUGGCACCAUCGACUGGCCCAAUGGAUGCUACCUAACGGCGCCUAGUCAAAAGCAGCGCAUUGAAGUGCCUGCUUUAAAGCCAGGAGAAACUUGUGAUAUUUUAGCCGAUAUUCCUCCAACACAGCCAGCGAUUAUGUGGAGAUUAUGUACACCGAACGGCUGGAACGUGGGAGAACCUAUUUGGAUGGUUCCCCCAGGUAUGGCGGAUACACAAGCUGAACUUUCCGACCGAAUGUCGCAGUUAUUGAUGUCGACAGAUGCGUCCAACAGCGACAGUUGUCCACAAGUGAAUGUUGUGAUAUCCGUUAACAUGGAAUGAAACAAGCGUGUAAUGAGGCGAAUGCGACGUGAGGGAGAGUGUUAAUUUACAUAAUUAAAAUACAAUUUCUUUGUUUCCCAUUUAAACAAAGUUCUUUGUAAUAUUCGUUAUUUUCUCUUUUUCCAUUAUAUAUUAACACACCCACAUACAUAUAUGUAUUUCUUUUACUAUAUUACAAACAAAAAAUUACAUUGGUACUAAUAAAUUUAGAAAUGGUUUGAAUAUUUUAUAAAGCUGUAGGGCAUUAAGAAAAAAAUAUGAUUAUGCAUUCAUACAUAUGUAGCUAUACACACGUAUAUGAGCGUUUAUCUAUUUAUUGCCCAGAAAUAACCCUAUCUGUUAACUAAUACGUUAUAUACGCCUAGUACUACAAACAGU